UUAAAUUCACAAUCUAUCUUUGAACUAUAGAGAAAGAGAAGCAGAAAUGGCAUUUUCCCAGUUUUCUUCACCUCCCUAUCUGCAUUGCCUCCUACCCUUAAUCUUCUUCAUUUUAGCUAUUUUUGUAGCUAAUUCACUUGCAGAUGACCCUCCUUUGACACUGGAUUACUAUGCAUCUUCUUGUCCGACGGCAUUAGAGAUUGUUAGGAAAGAGAUGGAAUGUGCAGUGCUCUCUGAUCCACGUAUGGCGGCAUCGAUACUCCGGUUGCACUUCCAUGACUGUUUUGUUCAGGGUUGUGACGGAUCAGUUUUGUUAGAUGACACAAUCACACUCCAAGGGGAGAAGAAAGCACCGCCUAACAUCCAUUCUCUGAGAGGUUUCAGGGUGAUUGACAGGAUCAAGAGCAAGCUCGAAUACGAGUGCCCUGGUGUUGUUUCAUGUGCUGAUCUACUUACCAUUGCAGCAAGAGAUGCAGUUAUUCUGGUUGGUGGACCUUACUGGGAUGUUCCUUUGGGUAGAAAGGAUUCUAGAAGUGCAAGCUUCAGCCUCGCUAGCACGGAUAUUCCUACUCCUGACCAGGGUCUUCUUACUCUCCUUUCAAAAUUCAUCCCUCUAGGCCUCUCAGUCACAGAUAUGGUUGCUCUUGUGGGUGCUCACACCAUUGGCAUGGCUCAAUGUUUGAACUUCAGAGCAAGGAUCUAUGGAGACUUUGAAGAAACUGCCACCAUGAAUCCAUUAACAGAGACAUACCUCAGCAACUUGAGAUCUAUAUGCCCUGCUGUUGGGGGAGGAGACAAUAACAUUACUGCACUAGACUAUGUUACUCCUAAUUUUUUUGAUAACUCAUUCUAUCAAAUACUGCUGAAAGGGGAGGGACUGCUAAACUCUGAUCAGGAAAUGUACUCCAGUGUGUUCGCCUUACAGACAAAGCAAAUUGUUCAGAAGUAUGCAGAAGACCAACUCGCUUUCUUCCAACAAUUCUCAGAUUCUAUGGUAAAGAUGGGAAAUAUUACCAAUCCUGACAGCUUCAUUACUGGGGAAGUAAGGAGUAAUUGCAGAUUUAUUAACACAUAAGCUUCAAGUAGUACUACUUGUUUUGGUUAUGCUCUGGUCAUGCUACCUAUUGGAAUCUUUAUAUAAAAUAUAUUAAUUGUUACAUCAACUACUCAGAAAACACAUUUUCCAUGCAACUCUGUAGCUACUUAUCCAUCCUAUUAUUAGUUUCAGAUUAAGAAAAUGAAAAUAUAUAUUAGUUUUGUGCCAA